CUCCAACGAGAAAGACGUGCUCAGAAGCGAGUCCCGCGUAGCGCCAUGUAGAGGAGCAGGAAGAAGCGCAGUCUUCCUCAGGCAUUCCAGCGUCGAGUAAUGCUGAAGCAUAUCCUGACGGUGCAACCGUCGUCAGCGGGCUCCAGGCACCAGCACAAUGACUACCAGGCGAGCUCGGGCUCGUUGCACAGCGGCCACCACCACCACCAUCAUUCUGGUCACCAACAGGAUCAACAGCAACACCAUCAUUACAACCAAAACAGCAACGUUCGUGGAACGACAGGGGGAAGCCAAGGAUGGGGAAUCGACGUUUACGACUCGGUGGUCCAUCAAAGAGCCAACGUGCAUCAGGCUGCCACCACGCCAUCUUCCACUCACAGACACCCUUUGAAUCAUUCUCAGUUGAGCGUGAACAAUCUUUCUCAACGAUUGAAUCACUCGCACGCUCUUAAUCUGUCCACGUUGUCCACGUCGAAGCAUUCUGUGAACAGCGUCAGUCCUGUUGCCGGUGGGAAUAACAAUAACAAUAAUAAUAAUCUGUCGACUACAUUGGGGGUGAUAUCCCCGGCGCCGCUGCACCAGGACAGCAGACCUAAAGCGAAUGGAGGCUUUGAUAUCUCGAGACUGUCCAGAUUACCCAGUCAGGCGACACCUUCGCCUGCACCUGCUCUUCAGGGUACGACUACCGGGGGACAGUUAACCGGUCCCGGUUCCACGGCGUACCCCUUGAACGCUUCCUGGUCGUCGUCCCUGUCAAGGAAUCACAAGGACCACGAGGUUAGCGCGAAAGAGACGUUGACCAGUUUGGGUUUAUUGUGUCUAGUGUCGUUGUUACUGGCGCUACUCUCGUUGAUCUUCUUGCUGAAGAUCUCACCGUUAACGGUGACGCCGAGUAGCCUGAUCAGCCCGAAAGAGUAUACGAUUGUCUACGAGGUGACGUUAGCGCUGUGCGCACUCGCCCUCUCCCUAAACCUCUGCUGUCUCCUCAUGUGCGCUAUACAGUUCCUCUUCACUGUGAAACUCGUCAAGACUUCGUAUCAAGGACAUUGGAGUAACAAGUACCUGCAAAAAUCAUCCAUCAGCCGGAUAUGUGCUGUCGGAGGGUUUUUCAUUAGCAUUCCCGUCUUUCUAACUGGUAUGAUAUUGUAUACAUUCAUCCAGUUUUAUUCGACGCCGGUAAUUGGUGUCACACCGGCAAUCGUUACGUCCGUUUUCAUAGGUCUUGGCAUCGUGUUUUGUGGAUGCGCAAUGGUCCAUAACGUCUUCGUGUGGCAGAGGGAGAAGACGAAUGCCGUGAAGGCGUUAGCGCGCGAACAGUGCGAAGCGGCGGUACAGCUGCAGCGUCAGCAGCAGCUGCAACAGCACCAGAACCAGCACCAGCUACAACAGCAACAACAACUACGUGGCCCGUUAACCAUCCACCAUGCUGGCUGCCCAACGAAAGUCGGGCCCGUGACGAACCAACUAAAUACCAGCCACGCAACGCACGGCCGAGCUGCACAGUACCAACACUAUCAUCACCAUCAUCAUCAUCGACACGUGUCAAUGUCUCCACCGCUCUUGUUGCUCUCAUCGCCAGCUCCGAUCGCGGCGACGCACAAUCAUCUGAACGUGAGCGGACACAGAAACGUGGUUACGCCACCGGAUACACCAGCAGAUAGAUCGCCACCGAGUCCUGGAAAUAAGCUAAAUAGAUCGCAGCAUUUGCCACGGGAAGCAACCGGCAGCGUCAGUCCUGGUCUUCCGGCUGCCACAUUGGAUCUAAGUAGCGCAGCAACCACCAAUAGUCCGCAUGAAUUGUCCACGUUAGUUUAGAAAUUUGGUCCGAACAUUAUAUCUUCACAUAGGAUUGGAGAUUAAUAGUUGAUAGUUAAUUUACACAUCGAUCUUUUUAUUUGUAAAUUGGGUCGUGGUUUAGAGUUGGUUUGUAAAAAUUCGGUCCUAAUUGUUAAAUGAUGAAUAUUGAUUAAGAAUAAUAGGCAUUGAUGU